AUGAGGAAUGAGAAGAAAAAAACGCUUCGUCAAGCCGUCUCUGACCUAGACGUGAGCGAGCAGGAGACACAGGACGAAGCGAUAGUGACGUGUUACAACGGUGUGACUAGAGUGGCGAGACGCAAGACGCGAGAGAUCGCAGACAACUUGCAGGACAGUAUCAUAUCCAGGAUAUCAACUGUGAAAGUACUCUAUGAUAAGGGGUUUAUUACAGAGGAUGAGUAUGAACGACGGAAAGGAGCUAUUGUAGAUGAACUUACGUUCUCGACAUUCGAACCUACGUCAAGUAUGCAAGAUACAGUCACACAAAGGAGACGUAUGUCGUUUCAACGAAGUAAAGAUUUAAAGGCCUACUUGUAG